AUCGAUCAUUCAUACUCUUCCAUGACUUAUAGUUUUGAAGUGAUCAUGUCUUUAUUGUAAUACAUGUCAACACUUGUAGGUGGGUCUCAUCUAAAGAGAUACAUCCAGAUGACUUGAAGUAUUGGAAGAGGAAUGUUUCACUUUUGAUGUGUGAUAUUCAAAUGUGCUUCCCUCCAAGCUUUUUUAAUUCUCAAGAGCACUACCUUGGACACCUGGUAGAAGAGAUUGAAUAGUGUGGUCCUAUUCAUAUUCGAACAAUGUGGCUUGUGGAGAGAUAUAUGAAGGUUUAAAACAAUUUGUUAGGCAAAAGGCUCGACUGGAAGGGUCCAUGGUUGAGGGGUACAUGGUUUUCCAAGCGAUGGUUCAUUUGAGUGAGUACUUACCUCAAUUGCAUCUUGAAGCUCCACGAUUAUGGAAUUAUAACCAACCUCAAUCAUUUGAGGGAGAAAAAUAAGAGGGUCAAGGGACUUCAAAGAGGAUAAAAGGUAUACAAAAAAGUUGGAAGUAGGUGUUUUUAUCUUAAAUUUUAGAAUACAUGGCUUUAAAUAAUUAUUAAAUCGUUGAACAAUUAUAUUUGUCAUUGUAUAUGCUAAGGAGUGGGAAGCAAUACAUUUGUAUGUUACAUACAAUUCUGACUUUAUGUUGGAAUGGAUGGAGAAGUACACUCAACAAAAGAAAUUAGAGGAUGAAAAGGCAUGGGCCAAUAUAUAUAAUAUACAUGGUCAAAACACUACUCGAGGAUUGCCUACAAGCCAUAAAAGAAAAUGGCCAGAGAGAUGCUCGUGGAAUUGGCUAAAGACCAAUAUUGAACACGAGGCAACAAAAGGGAGGAAUAGAGUGACACAACAACAACUGAAUUUCAUGAAAGGAUCUAUAAAUGGGGAGGUAACAUAUUACAAAGGAAUGUGGAAUUUUGGUCAUCACUUUCGCAUAAAAAAGGUUGAUGAAAAGAGACAAACUUAUGAUUGUGGAGUUUCAGCAUCAUUUGAGGUGGAAUGUCGUUCAGAUGCAAAUGAUAGGCAACCAAUCAGAAGCACACUUCGCUAUUAUGGAGUGUUGGAGGAUAUUAUAGAGCUUGAUUUUAUGUCUUUCAAAAAAGUUAUUUUUCAUGUUGAAUGGUAAAAGCUUAUCAAAGUUGGUGAAGAAAAAACUAUCUUUAUGCACAACAAUGGAUUCCAUAUGAUCAAUACAUCUAGGUUUGAAGCCACUUCUGAACCUUAUGUGUUUCCAAAUCAAUGUGACCAAAUAUUUCUGAUUCCAAAUUUAGAACAACCUGGUUGGUCAUUUGUUAUUGAGUAUGAUCCAAGAGGACGAAGAGUAACAUAU